GUGCCCUGAGCACUCCCAGAGAUGUGCUGCGCGAUGGUGAAGGUGGCAGGCAGUGACGCUUACUUCCAGAGGGGCAGUCUGUUCCGGUUCACGGUCAUCACUCUCUCCUUUGGCUAUUACAUGUGGGUUUUCUUCUGGCCUCAAAGUAUUCCUUAUCAGAGCCUUGGGCCCCCAAGCCUCUUCACUCAGUACUUGGUGGACCAUCAUCACACCCUUCUGCACAUUGGGUACUGGCUUGCCUGGCUGAUUCAUGUGGGAGAGUCCGUGUAUGCCAUGGUAUUGUGCAAGUCUAAAGGCAUCACGAAUGGUCGGGCUCACCUACCCUGGUUCCUGCAGACUUUCCUCUUCGAGAUAGCCUCACUCCCCAUCUUGAUCGUUUACAGGCCAAAACACCAAAAAUAAACUUAAAGGAGAUCUCCAAACCUUUCCCUACACUGACAUCCAGCCUCACUUUUAUAUGGGGAUGGUGUAUUUACUCCACCUUUCUGCUUUCUGGAAAGUUACAAUCCUCUAGUUAUUCAUUAUUUCAUAUUCUCUGGUUGGGCUUAAGUAGACAAUAGGAAAAGGGUUUAUCUUUCCAAUUCUGCAGACUAACCCAUUUGGUAGAGUACUUCUAGCCUCCUUCUCCUUACCCACACCACCUCCAUCUUAGCUGAUGAGGGGUUGCUUUUUGGUAAGAUAAAAUAUUUUAGAGUUAAUUGAUGGAAAUCCAACUCAGAUUUUGUAAAACUAUGGUCCUCUCCAAGGGAAAUGAUGACAGUAGCAUUAAUGUGCCAGGAACAAUUUGGUGCAUUAUUGAAUGAAAUGAAUUAAAGAAUAAAAUGCUGUGAAUUAUCUCUCCA